AUGGAUCCCUCUGUGUACGAAAAGAUGGCUGCUCUGGCGGACUAUAUCAUGGGCCCAUUCGCUGACAGGGUCCUUCGCACAGCCAAGUUCCCUCCUGCGGGUGACUCGCCGCUCGUCGUGCUUGAUCAGGCAUGUGGGUCGGGCGUUGUCUCGUCUCACAUCAUGUCCCGAUUGUCGUCGGACGACAGGGCUCGCCUCGACCUCACAUGCGCGGAUAUAUCUGAGCCGGCAAUAGCACAGAUGACGAAACGGAUCGAGGCUUCUGGCUGGAACAAUGCCAGUGCUGUAACAAAUGAUGCCAUGGAGACCCCCUUUCCCGCCAACCAUUUUACACAUAUCUUUUUCAACUUCGGCCCACAGAUGCUGUCGAAUCCCCUCGCUGGACUCAAAGAGUGCCAUCGAAUCCUCCGACCAGGCGGGAUCCUGGGCGUCAGCUCCUGGCAGGUAGUGCCUUGGUCUGCCGACUACCGCGCAGGCAUGGCCAGGGACUCCUCUCUGCCGUCGUUUCCGACGGACGAACAGCUUCGGUACGCAUUCUCUAGCACACCAGAGAGGUGGGACACUGUCGAUGAGGGCAGAGCACAUUUGGCAGAAUGCGGUUACACAGCCAUCGAGGCCGUGUCGGCGGAAAAUACGACAUCCAUGAGUGUCGAGGAGGUUGAAACGAUGCUGCCGUUUUCGCUUGAUAUGAUGUUGCAGAAGUUCUGGACCAAGGAGGAAAUCGACAAGUUCAGCCAGCCAGCGGCGCGAGCGAUUGUGGAUUACUUGCAGGAGAAGUAUGGAACGGAACCGGUAGUGUGGAAGUGGGUGGCUCUGGUCGCAAGUGGGAGCAAGGGCUAG